AUAAAUACCGCCUGAAUGGAUUCUCAGAUUCGCCAGAACUAUGACCGCGACUGCGAGGCUCUGAUCAACAAGAUGAUCAACUUGGAGCUUUACGCUUCCUACAUUUACACUUCAAUGGCUUUCUACUUCAAACGGGAUGAUGUCGCAUUUCCUGGUUUUGCUAAGUUCUUCAAGAAGAACAGCGAGGAGGAGCGCGAACAUGCUGAGAAGUUCAUGGAGUUCCAGAACAAGAGAGGGGGGCGCAUCAUGCUUCAGGACAUCAAGAAACCUGAUCGUGAUAUGUGGGGCAAUGGACUGAUUGCUAUGCAGUGCGCUCUUCAGCUGGAGAAGAACGUCAACCAGGCUCUGCUGGAUCUGCAUAAGGUCGCCUCUGAGAAGGGAGACCCUCAUCUGUGUGACUUCCUGGAGACUCACUACCUGAAUGAGCAGGUUGAGGCCAUCAAGAAACUUGGUGACCACAUCACCAACCUUUCCAAGAUGGAUGCUGGCAACAACAGGAUGGCAGAGUACCUGUUUGACAAGCACACCCUGGAUGAAGACAGCAGCUAAAUGAUGCCCUCAGAUCAUCAACAUGCUACAAAGCCACCAGCCAUAUAUCAAGCAAGAUAUUCUUAUCACAGCUCUUGUUUAAAAUGUUAAAGUUUGAUAAGUUUAACAUUUUUAAGUUUCAUUAUGUCCCCAUUAGACAAUUUAGUUUUGCUCUCUUUAUUACUUGUUAUAGCCAAGCCAUUGCUUUUCUGUUGAAUGUGAACUAAUUGAUUUUAACAUGGUGAGUUUGAUGAAUAAACAUUUUUGGCUGGA